UUCAUGUCGAUUAACCAUCGAUAAUUUUGUAUAUUGUUUUGUAUUGUUGUUUACAAAUUGAUCGUUUUUAUGUUACGCAGUUUGUCCAUGCUGAACGAUAUACACGGAACUAAACUACAGAUGAUUCAGUAACAUCGAAUACUUCUCUAAUGCUUUGAAUAAAACUGCAACAAUCCGUCAGAGGCGUAGUAAAUUGAUGAAUACCAAGGUCUGCGUAGAGAACAAUAGUGGAAUUCAGUGGCAAUGCCAGGUACCAGUGACACACGACGUCUGGUGGACGCCCAAGACGAGGAUGACGAGAUUCUGGGCACGGAGGGCAGCUUUGUGCCCGCUUUCCGUCCGCAGGACCACCAAGCGGAUGAGCAGUGCCUCAUGGAGCGGCAGCAGGACGAAGUAGUUUUGGUGUCCAACGAACCCGCCAGCGGACGACUCUUCACCUAUCUCGUGUUCUACCUGCUGGGCAUUGGCACCAUGACCCCGUGGAAUUUCUUUGUUACUGCGGAAGAUUACUGGAAGUACAAGUUCCGAAAUGCAUCGAUCAAUAACACAGAUCUGGACGACGGGCUCACCCCCCUGCAGAAGAGUUUCACCUGCGACUUGACCCUGACGGCCACUAUUUCCGGAACUACCUUCCUGCUGCUAAACGCAAUUUACGGACACCAUGUGUCCCUGCGCACCAAGAUGCUAGGAACGCUGUGGAUGAUCCUCAUCCUUUUUGGGGUUACAACUAGCUUCGUAGAGAUCAACACGGACACGUGGCAGGAACAGUUCUUCCUUAUCACGCUCAUCAUUGUGGUGCUGCUAAAUAUAUCUGCGGCUACAAUGUCGGGAGCCCUUUACGGAGUCGCAGGGCUAUUUCCCUCCGAGUUCAUGACCGCUGUGGUUAGCGGACAGGCUCUUGGUGGUAUCCUCACUGCCCUGGCCUUCAUUCUUGUGCUUGCAUUCGACACGGGUCCCAAUACCACUGCAUUCAUCUUCUUCAUUGUGGGAGGAGUGCUCAUCCUGCUCUGCAUUGUGUGUUACAUAAUCCUGGCUCGACAGCCUUUCUUUAGGUAUUACCUCGAAGGUGGCGACAAGUACAACGUCAUCCGGGCAGUGCCCUCGCACAACCGCAAUGAAAGAACGGAGCCUAUGCCGCUCGAGCCUAUUUUGCGACAGGUCAUGUCGAAGAUCUAUAUGCAUGCCAUUACCCUAGCGCUUCUUUAUACCACGUCGAUGUCUGUUUAUCCGGCAGUUACCGUGCUAAUGCAGUCUGAGUAUGGCCACAGCGAGUGGACAGAUGUUUAUUACCUACCUGUCGUGAACUAUCUGAUAUUUAACUGCGGCGACUAUUUUGGCCGUCUGUUUGCUGGCUGGCUGGAGCGACCAAUAAACCAGAACACUUCACUACUAUUUACUGUAGUGCGCAUGGCGUUUGUUCCGUUUUUCCUGUGCUCAAACUCCAGCGAACACAGCUUUCUGCCAGUUUUGGUAAAACACGACUAUUCUUUCAUAGCGAUGAUGGUGAUGUUUGCCUUGUCCAACGGAUAUUUUACCAACAUUCUACUCAUAAUGGCACCUAAAAGCGUAAAGCAGCAUGAAAAGGAGCUGGCUUCUUCGAUAAUGGCAGCUGCUUUGAGCUGUGGCAUGGCUGUAGGAUCACUGCUCAGCCUUGUAUUUGUUCAAAUGCUUUGAUUCAGCCAACCAAAUAAGUCUGUCCCCUUGGUGCCUUAGUAAUUUUCAGAAUCUUAUGCUUUAUAGUGAUAUUUAACUUAAUAUUGGUUGUUCUUCCGAGUACGCGGCGGUGUUAAUUGUUUUUGUGAUUCUGUAAUUCCAAAUUUUACUUAGUUUAAAUUUUUUACCAAGUUUACUAUAUCGGAAUCCCUAGAUGUAAGGUUUAACGUUUUCAUUAUAUACUAGGAAUAAGACGAUUUAAAAAAAUGUAGAACGAUUAA